AUGCCUGAGACAGGACAAGACCGCACUAGCACUCCGGCCAAGGAGUCCCCUUCUCAUCAAGAGUUCUGCUAACUUGUGAGCCAACCAAAGGCAGUCCGACCUCCACAAAGCUCUCUUCACCCAAUCAAAGGAACUCUUAGCGGGCAACCUUUGCCAUUGUCUCCACUGACAGAUCUCUCCUUCCCCAGAUUGGAGAUUCCGGCUCAAAGAUUUGCAUUACCUGACCAUUACCUGGAGAGAUCCCGCUGGUGGUACUCAUACACUGCACAUGGAAGUCACACACCCAGGACUGAAGUGCCUGAAAACAUCUUGUUGGGUCCUUCAUCUCCAGUCUCUGGGGGUGAGAGGGACACUCCAGAAUCGAUCCAUCCCCUAAAGACUGAUCUGGACCCAAAAGAGAGGGACUCCAAGAGCCCAGACGAAAUAAUCUUGGAGGAAAGUGAGACAGAGGAAGGUAAAAAGGAAGAGAGCGGUGAGGAUUGGAAGAAGAGGGAUGAGAGUCCUGACAAGAAGCCCUGUAGGAAGAAGAAGACCCGCACAGUGUUCUCCAGGAGCCAGGUGUUCCAGCUGGAGUCCACCUUUGAUAUGAAGAGGUACCUGAGCAGCUCGGAGAGAGCAGGACUUGCAGCCUCAUUGCAUCUUACAGAGACUCAGGUAAAGAUCUGGUUUCAGAACCGCAGAAACAAGUGGAAAAGGCAACUGGCAGCAGAGCUGGAAGCUGCCAACCUGAGCCACGCAGCUGCCCAGAGGAUCGUGCGAGUGCCUAUACUGUACCACGAGAACUCUUCAAGCGCAGAGAGUGCUAGCUCUGCAGCCAACGUGCCAGUUAGCCAACCCCUCCUGACUUUCCCCCAUCCAGUAUACUACUCCCAUCCUGUGGUCACUUCAGUACCUUUACUCAGGCCAGUCUGAGAGAGCUAGAAUUAUUUGGCACCUGGCAAUGGGAUUGGGGGGGAACAUACUUGAAUAUUCUGGCUUUAGUGACAAGACUAAGGAAUGGGGAUGACGCUUAGAGAUUCCCUCAACCUGUUUGUUCUGAUCAUGGUGGAGCAAUGCGCCACAGACUGACAACUAAGGGUUUCCAGAAUAACUCAU